AUGACGGAGCUUGAGGGGGAUAGGAGCGGCGAGGAAGCGGACGGAGUAGAGCACCAGCUAUACUACUAUCCAGUACAGAUCCAGAACGCUCGGGAGCCGCACUUGCCUCCGAGACAUCGUCGACGCUAUAUCGCGCGCGUGUUUCUCGUCGAGGAUGUAAACAAAGUUACGAUCCAGCCAGUUGCAGUAGCAAUAGCUCCAGUACACCGUGGUGGACCUUUUACUGUCGAGAGCCAGAGCCUGGGUACAGUGAACCCCUUGCCCGUUUGUUGUCGGUCUAUCUGUGUCGGAUUGAAAUAUCGGUGGCGCCGUGGGAAAGGGAUCACCGGUACGCCGUUGGCUCCAUUAUCGGUAAGUGUCGAUUUCGUUCUCGUGGCUCUCAGAAACUCGCUUUCGGAUACCAAUGAUUAUGCUGAUCCUCAUACAUUUUCUCAGAGCCACCCUCUAUCUAUUUCCAUCUAUAUUUAUUCAUUAAUUUAUGGGUUACUCAUAAUAAGCACAAGAGUUGCCAAUAAUAAAAUAACUUUCCAUUUUUUUUUUUAA